AUGGCGUCAAGGAGAGUGGUCACUUUUGUGACUGGAAACGCAAAGAAGCUGCAGGAGGUCCAGAAGAUCAUCGGGGAUGCGAUUCCGAUGACGAAUCAGAAGAUAGACCUCCCCGAGCUACAGGGCGCUCCAGAGGAUGUGUCCAGGGAGAAGUGUCGACUGGCAGCAAAGCAGGUCAAAGGGCCCGUUCUCGUCGAAGACACCAGCCUCUGCUUCAACGCCCUCAACGGCCUCCCAGGUGUCUACAUCAAGUGGUUUCUCGAAGGCAUCGGACAUGAGGGGCUCAACAACCUGCUAGCGGCCUACCCAGACAAAUCCGCCUUUGCUCAGUGCAUCUUCGCAUUCAGCAAGGACGCGGACGAUGAGCCCAAGGUCUUCGUCGGGCGGACCAACGGCAAGAUCGUUCCGGCGAGAGGACCCACAGACUUCGGAUGGGACCCAGUGUUCCAGCCCGACGGGUAUGACCAAACGUAUGCGGAGAUGGAGAAGGAUCUCAAGAACUCCAUAUCUCACAGGGGACGAUCUCUCGAGAAGGUGAAGGAGUACUUCGCGUCGAACCCUCACCUCCUUGAUAAAUGA